AUGCUCCGAGCUAUCCUUCACGAGGCACUCUCCAAGCACCCCGAGCUCAUCCCGUCAACGCUUCCAGAUAUAUACAGCAACUGGAAGGAUUCUUAUGUGAAUGAUGAACCGACCUUUGUGGAGAUGAAAAGAGCACUACAACUCUUUGUAGAGAAAGCUUCAAAAUUUCUCAAGAUAUGCAUAUUCAUUGACGGUCUAGACGAGCUGGCCGGCGAUCAUAAGGAGUUGGCGCAAUUUAUUCAUUCGCUUACUGGAACGAAUGUCAAGGUCGUGGUGUCCAGCCGGUCCAUCAAUCCAAGUGUCAACACCUUUCGGGGCUGUCCAACCUUGAGAUUGCAAGAUCUCACAAGACACGAUAUGGAUCAGUACAUCAGGGGGAAUCUGGUGGACCACCAAGCUAUGUGGCAAAUGUCAAAGUUCGAUCCACAAGGAGCAGGAAGUCUGGUUUCGGAGAUCAAAUUGAAGGCUGAAGGCGUCUUUCUCUGGGUUCGCUUAGUUGUACGACUUCUCAUAGAUGGUCUUGAAGCUGGCGAUUCAAUUAUGGACUUGCAAGCAAAGCUUCAAUCACUUCUUAGGGACCUGAAAAACCUGUAUCGAAGAAUGUUGUCCAGAACUCUUCCGGAGUAUCAGGUACAAGCAUCUGAAAUACUGCAGAUUUUUCAUGUCUGGAAUACAUACACCUCGCAUCAGCCACUCGGCGUGGUCACUUUUGCAUUUGCUAUGCAGCCCUUGAACGAGGCAUUCACCCGUCCAGUCGCCCCUCUAAAUUUGGAUAACUACACAUGGCUGUACAACUGUACAGAAGCACGAAUUCAAAGCCGAUGUUGUGGUCUUCUCGAAAUUGGGAGAGAUUGUGGUCCCACAAACGCUGCUUUGGAUUGGGCCUCUGGCGAUGAUAAUGACGGUUCGGCUGUGAGAUAUAUGCAUCGGAAAGUUGGUGAAUUUCUUGUUUGCGGCGAGGUGUGGGAAGAGAUGAGUGAGAUGACACAAAACUCUGGGUUCAAUCCAGCUUUGAGUCUAUCAUCAGCUUGUCUUUCUAUGCUCAAUUCGGCGAGUACCAUCACUACCGCAAGAGCAUCGAGGAUACUGUUUGGUAAUCCAAUCAACCUUCUUGGUUCGUUCUUUUGCUUUGAGAAUCGAGCCUUGCCUGAGUAUAUGCAAUGUAUGGAACAUUCGAUGAGCAAAUAUCAGGACCUCUUCAGCCAUCUUUUUGGCAGAGAAGUCACCCGGGCAGAAAAUUGGUUGCAAUACUUCCGCUCUAAUAUCAGGAGAGCUAUUAGCGAUCAUAAUGCAGAACCAUUUAAAAUAAAGGGCAAGAUUUCUUACAAAGUUAGCAAGCUUAGACGGAAGGCACCUCCUGGAGCCCCUUUCCACCGUUCACAAAGAGGUACUCAUAACUUUGUAACAGCUUUUGUGUCUUCUACAGAUAACACAGUCACUCCGAAUGAAGAUCUCGUUCUUACUGGAAAGGAUAUUUGGAAUGCACCUUCUAUCCUUGAAUCUCGCCAGUUUUCAACCUCUUCGCAUGAGUGA